UCCCGGGCAUGCUCUGAGAGACCCUGGGCCGCCCCGUCCUCCCUCUUGCAGCUGACCUCGCACUCGGGGGCGCCUGGCAUGGGCUCGCCACCCCUCCACAGCCCCAACGGGGCGUCGUCCCCGUAGUUUCGAGCCAACACCUCAGCCGAGCUUUGCUCCCCCGAGGCAGGGGGAGGCGUCCAGGGGUUGACCUGGCUUUGCCGAAGGAAAAUGCUAGCCGGGGGGUUCCUGGCCGGCUUUUCCGUGCUCAACCUCCUCGCCUUUGGUUACCUGGCGUGGGAGCCAGAAGGCGUGAGCACAGCCGCCCGGCUGAAGGACAGGGCUGAGAGCGACCCCCCCACCUCCCAGCCGCACCUCAUCUUCAUCCUGGCGGACGACCAAGGGUUCCGGGACGUCGGCUACCACGGCUCGGAGAUCAGGACGCCCACUUUGGAUAAGCUGGCGGCUGAAGGCGUGAAGUUGGAGAAUUACUACGUCCAGCCGAUGUGCACGCCCUCCCGGAGUCAGUUCAUCACUGGAAAGUAUCAAAUCCACACAGGUCUUCAGCAUUCAGUUAUAAGACCCACCCAGCCUAACUGUUUACCCUUGGAUAAUGCGACACUACCUCAGAAGCUAAAGGAAGUUGGCUACUCAACCCAUAUGGUUGGCAAAUGGCACUUGGGCUUUUACCGCAGAGAAUGCAUGCCAACACAGCGAGGGUUUGAUAGUUUUUUUGGCUCUCUCUUGGGAAGUGGUGAUUAUUAUACUCAUUACAAAUGUGAUAGUCCUCGAAUGUGUGGCUAUGACUUAUAUGAGAAUGACAAUGCUGCUUGGGACCAUGAUAAUGGCAUGUACUCAACACAGAUGUACACACAAAGAGUGCAACAAAUCUUAGCUUCCCAUAACCCCAAAAAGCCUAUAUUUUUAUAUAUUGCAUACCAAGCUGUCCACUCACCACUUCAGGCACCAGGAAAGUAUUAUGAACGCUACAGGUCAAUAAAUAAUGUAAACCGACGCAGGUAUGCUGCUAUGCUGGCUUGCUUGGAUGAAGCUAUUUACAAUGUGACCUUUGCACUGAAGAUAUAUGGUUAUUAUAACAACAGUGUUAUCAUCUAUUCAUCCGACAAUGGAGGGCAGCCAACUGCAGGUGGAAAUAACUGGCCUCUCAGAGGAAGCAAAGGGAGUUACUGGGAAGGAGGGAUCCGAGCAGUUGGCUUUGUGCAUAGCCCUCUACUCAAAAACAAAGGGAGUGUGUGCAAGGAACUUAUACAUAUAACAGACUGGUUUCCUACUUUGAUCACAUUAGCAGAAGGACAGAUUGAUGAAGACACCCAAUUGGAUGGCUAUGAUGUGUGGGAGACCAUUAGUGAAGGCAGACGGUCUCCAAGAGUAGAUAUUUUACAUAAUAUUGAUCCAAUCUACACCAAAGCCAAAAAUGGUUCUUGGGCAGCUGGCUUUGGAAUAUGGAAUACAGCAAUUCAGUCAGCUAUCCGAGUGAACCACUGGAAACUACUGACUGGCAAUCCAGGAUACAGUGACUGGGUCCCUCCUCAGUCAUUUAGUAAUGUAGGCUCCAGUCGCUGGCACAAUGAAAGGGUUUCAUGGACUGCUGGUAAAACUGUGUGGCUGUUCAACAUAACUGCUGACCCAUAUGAACGAGUGGACCUUUCCAGUAAGUUUCCAGAGGUAGUAAAGCAGCUGUUGCGCAGGCUUUCACAGUUCAAUAAAACUGCUGUGCCUGUUCGAUAUCCACCAAAAGACCCAAGGAGUAACCCAAAUUUUAAUGGGGGAGUUUGGGGGCCUUGGUUCAAGGAGGACGAAAAGAAGAAACCAAAUAAAAAGGCAGCAGAUAAACAGAAGAAAAAUAAAACCAAGAAGAAAUCUAAUAGAAAAAAGGGGCAUUCUGUUGAUUGUUUUGUGGGUGGAUAGUUUCAACUGCUAUUGUAUGCUGCAGUCAUAAACACAGUUGCAAAGAAAGAGCUGACAAAAGAAAUCAGUGGAAACUUCUCCAGGUAAAUGUGCUUAGGCUCAGGGUGCCAUUGCUUAAAGUCAAAUGGUCUCUAAUAAC